GGAACGGAUCUGGUUGAGGUGGAGGGUGGGGCAGGAGGUUCAAAUCUCUACCAUUGGCUUUCGCCUUCUUUCACCAUUCCCCCCACCAAGCCGUGGUUCCCCUCCUCUUUCUCCUGCCUCCCCCUCCCCCCUCUGCUGAGAUUUGCAGCUGGACCAGUGCUCCGCGAGCCCUCUCCAUCCUUGCAGAAUGUAGGCGCUGCGAUGUCAAGCCGCAGCAUCCCCGGGGCUGUAGUCAACUAGCAGCCCCCACCCUCGCCCUCCCCCCAUCCCUCUAAUCCUCUCUUGAAAGGGGGCAAAUUGAGCUCAGGAAGUUCCCCCGCGUCUCCGAUUCUCGACUGGAUCCGGGCCAAGCUAGAGAGAGAAAGGGGGGACCCCUCGUUCCACCACCUCUCUCUCUCUCUCUCUCUCUCUCUCUUCAGCGGCCGAUUCCCGAACAGCCUUCCUGCUCCCCACUUCAGUUUCUUCUGCUUCUGGCAUGGCCCGGUGUCCUUUGGGCAGCAGGAACACCCUUUGUGCCAAGCUCUAAGAAGGCCUUCAUCUCUGCUUCUUCCAUGGCUUGGCCCCCUGGCUGGCUGGCCUCUAGAAAACCUUGUGGCCCCACCCCUGAGGCUCUAUAGAAUGAAUCCAGGAGACAGCCAGGACUGAGCAGGUUUUUCAUUCUGUCUACCAGACUAACCUAGCUCAAGUCUACUCUUCAUCCCCCACACCUCUGCCCAGUGUACCCAGCUGGGCUGCGGCUCACGUCCAACAUGGGAGACAUGGCCAACAGCUCUGUGGAUUUCUAUCCCAAAAACCAGCGGCGAGAAAUGAACCAUGCAGGUGGUUUUGGCUGCACCCUGUCGGAGCUACGCUCCCUUAUGGAGCUGCGUGGGGCUGAAGCGCUCCAGAAAGUCCAGGAGACCUACACAGAUGUCAACGGGCUCUGCAGGAGACUCAAGACUUCCCCCACCGAAGGUCUCUCUGAUAACACAGCUGAUCUGGAAAAGAGAAGACAGAUCUACGGACAGAACUUUAUCCCCCCAAAGAAGCCCAAGACUUUCCUGCAGUUAGUGUGGGAGGCACUUCAGGAUGUGACCCUAAUCAUUCUGGAAAUUGCUGCCAUCAUCUCCUUGGGACUGUCUUUUUAUGCUCCACCGGGUGAAGAAAGUGAAGUCUGCGGGAAUGUGUCAGGGGGUGGAGAGGAUGAGGGUGAGUCAGAAGCUGGUUGGAUUGAAGGUGCUGCUAUCCUACUGUCAGUGAUCUGUGUAGUGCUGGUCACAGCAUUCAACGACUGGAGCAAGGAGAAGCAGUUCCGAGGUCUGCAAAGCCGCAUAGAACAGGAACAGAAAUUCACUGUCAUCCGCAAUGGCCAACAGGUCCAAAUUCCCGUGGCUGAGCUGGUGGUGGGAGACAUCGCCCAGAUCAAAUAUGGUGACCUGCUUCCUGCAGAUGGAGUGCUUAUCCAGGGGAAUGACCUCAAGAUAGAUGAGAGCUCUUUAACAGGGGAGUCAGAUCAUGUGCGCAAAUCAGCGGACAAAGAUCCCAUGUUGCUAUCAGGCACCCAUGUCAUGGAAGGCUCUGGGCGAAUGGUUAUCUCUGCUGUUGGAGUCAACUCACAGACUGGGAUCAUCUUUACUUUGCUGGGUGCUGGUGGGGAAGAGGAGGAAAAGAAAGAGAAAAAAGGGAAGCAGCAGGAUGGGGCAGUGGAGAAUAAUCAAAACAAAGCCAAAAAACAGGAUGGGGCAGUUGCCAUGGAGAUGCAACCCCUGAAAAGUGCCGAGGGUGGUGAGAUGGAAGAACGGGAGAAGAAGAAAGCCAGUGUGCCCAAAAAAGAGAAAUCUGUCUUGCAAGGGAAGCUCACCAAACUGGCCGUUCAAAUUGGGAAAGCAGGGCUGGUGAUGUCAGCUAUCACAGUCAUCAUCCUCGUCCUGUAUUUCAUCAUUCAAACCUUUGUUAUUGAUGGGAAGACGUGGAUGGGCGAGUGCACUCCUGUUUACGUGCAAUACUUUGUCAAGUUCUUUAUUAUUGGGGUCACUGUCCUGGUGGUGGCUGUACCUGAAGGCUUGCCAUUGGCUGUCACGAUCUCUUUAGCCUACUCUGUCAAGAAAAUGAUGAAAGACAACAACCUGGUCCGGCAUUUGGAUGCCUGUGAGACCAUGGGCAAUGCCACGGCCAUCUGCUCAGACAAGACAGGGACCCUCACAACCAAUCGCAUGACAGUUGUGCAGUCCUACCUGGGUGACACUCACUACAAGGAGACGCCUGAGCCCAGUAGCCUGACAUCCAAGAUACUGGAUCUGCUGGUGCAUGCCAUUGCUAUCAACAGUGCCUAUACCACCAAGAUACUACCUCCAGAAAAAGAAGGGGGUCUCCCACGCCAGGUGGGCAAUAAGACCGAAUGUUCACUGCUGGGCUUUGUGGUUGAUCUGCGACGUGACUACCAGCCUGUCCGUGAGCACAUCCCAGAGGAGAAGCUCUACAAGGUUUACACCUUCAAUUCUGUCCGAAAAUCUAUGAGCACCGUCGUUUGCAUGCCUGAUGGCGGCUAUCGCCUCUUCAGCAAAGGCGCUUCCGAAAUUGUCCUCAAAAAGUGCACAAACAUUCUAAAUAGCAAUGGAGAGCUUCGCGUCUUCCGGCCCAGGGACCGAGAUGAAAUGGUAAAGAAAGUGAUCGAGCCCAUGGCCUGCGAUGGGCUGCGAACUAUCUGCAUAGCCUACCGUGACUUUCCAGCAGGGAAGGAGCCUGACUGGGACAAUGAGAAUGAUAUUGUGAUAGAUUUGACCUGCAUUGCUGUGGUGGGGAUUGAGGAUCCUGUGCGACCAGAGGUGCCAGAGGCCAUCCACAAGUGCCAGCGUGCUGGCAUCACUGUCCGUAUGGUGACAGGAGACAACAUCAACACAGCUCGGGCCAUUGCUGCCAAAUGUGGCAUCAUCCAACCAGGGGAGGACUUCUUGUGUCUAGAGGGAAAGGACUUCAACCGAAGGAUCCGCAAUGAGAAGGGAGAGAUAGAACAAGAACGUCUUGAUAAAAUCUGGCCAAAGCUGCGAGUUCUGGCUCGAUCAUCACCUACUGAUAAGCAUACCCUGGUGAAAGGCAUCAUUGACAGCACUAUUGGGGACCAGCGCCAGGUAGUCGCUGUCACUGGGGAUGGAACGAACGAUGGACCCGCGCUCAAGAAGGCCGAUGUGGGCUUUGCCAUGGGCUUAGCAGGCACCGAUGUGGCGAAAGAGGCCUCUGACAUCAUCCUGACUGAUGACAAUUUCUCCAGCAUCGUCAAGGCGGUGAUGUGGGGUCGCAAUGUUUAUGACAGCAUCUCCAAAUUCCUGCAGUUCCAGCUCACUGUCAAUGUGGUGGCCGUCAUCGUAGCCUUCACCGGGGCCUGCAUCACCCAGGAUUCUCCUCUCAAGGCAGUACAGAUGCUGUGGGUGAACCUCAUUAUGGAUACAUUUGCUUCCUUGGCACUUGCCACUGAGCCCCCAACUGAGGCCCUGCUGCUGCGUAAGCCCUACGGACGCAACAAACCCCUCAUAUCCCGGACCAUGAUGAAGAAUAUUUUGGGCCAUGCUGUGUACCAGCUCAUUAUCAUCUUCACUCUCCUCUUUGUGGGAGAGGUUAUAUUUGACAUCGACUGUGGCCGCAACGCUCCCCUGCAUUCUCCGCCCUCGGAGCAUUACACCAUCAUCUUUAACAUCUUUGUCAUGAUGCAGCUGUUCAAUGAGAUCAAUGCCCGCAAAAUCCACGGAGAGCGCAAUGUCUUUGAUGGCAUUUUUAGCAACCCCAUCUUCUGCAGCAUUGUUUUGGGCACUUUUGGCAUACAGAUCGUCAUUGUGCAGUUUGGGGGGAAACCAUUCAGCUGUUCUCCACUGAAUACAGAGCAAUGGCUGUGGUGUCUUUUUGUGGGCUUCGGGGAACUCGUCUGGGGACAGGUCAUUGCCACCAUCCCUACCAGCCAUCUUAAAUGCCUGAAGGAAGCAGGACAUGGCCCUGGUAAGGAUGAGAUCACAGAUGAGGAAAUGGCUGAGGAUGAGGAGGAAAUUGACCACGCUGAGCGGGAGCUACGCCGUGGCCAGAUCUUGUGGUUCCGUGGCCUCAACCGCAUCCAGACCCAGAUGGAGGUAGUUAGCACCUUCAAGAGAAGCGGCUCCUUUCAGGGGGCUGUCCGACGCCGCUCUUCCGUCCUCAGUCAACUGCACGAUGUAACCAAUAUUUCUACCCCCACUCACAUCCGCGUAGUGAAAGCGUUCCGUAGUUCACUCUAUGAAGGGCUGGAGAAGCCAGACAACAAGACCUCCAUCCAUAAUUUCAUGACAACGCCUGAGUUCUUGAUCAACGACUACAUCCACAACAUUCCUCUCAUUGACGAUACAGACGUGGAGGAGAGCGAGGGUCCCCUAAGACAGCACUUCAGGGCCAGUCCCCCACCAUCUCCCAACAAGAACAACAAUGCCAUUGACAGUGGCAUCUACCUUAGCACCGAUGUCAGCAAGACACCUACCUCCUCAUGCAGCCCAGUUAGCCCACUCCACAGCAUGGAAACCUCCCUCUAACACAACCCUACCAUGCAACCAGUUGAAUUGACUUUGUUCACAACAAGAGGUGUCCAGUUCCUCCUGGGAGGUAGGCUAGCUAAGGAAGGAUGGAAAGCCGACAGGAGAUGACACUUCACCUCUUGACUCAGUGGAGUGGAAAAGGACAAGGUUUUCUGCCAUUGGAUGGCUCAGGCAACCAGAGACAUGCUGAUUUGAUGCAAGGAAAGCAAAUCGUAGAGGGGGAGAAAAGUUUUCUUCAAUCACUCGAGAGGUUUGGGCUGAGUCCCAGAGAGUGUACAGGAAAACCACCCAUUUCUCUAAUUUGUUCUUUGGGGUAUUUUUGGACACAGCCACACUCACCAAACCCACAAUGAUCCUGCAAUUGGGGGGUUGCUUUGAUUUUUCUUGUGGGACCUCUUUUUUCUCCUCUCCUGCCCAAUGUUUAAAAAAGAAACUAUAUUUGCACCAGAAAAAGGAAGAAAAACAAAACAAAACAAAAAAAAAGGAAAAAAGAGGAAUAAUCUAGACAACUAUUAUCCUAAAAUAUAUAUAUAUAUAUAUAUGAUACCAACCGACAGAUGUAUUAACGGAUUUUCUGACCAUAACGCAUGCCUGUUAUCAAACUCUCCUUUCUUCUUCCCCCUCCCCCAAUGGAAUUUCAGUCUGGGGCAAUUUUGCUUUUUUUAAAGAAAAAAGAAAAAAAAUACAUUGUUUGCUGGAGCUUGUAUUUUAUAUCAGGAUUUGCCAGGAAAAAGAAAAAGAUUCCUUUCUAUUAGGAGGGGAAUUGGCUGUGGAACAAUGAGUAACCAAAAUGGAUUUUUGUUGUUGUUGUUGUUGGAUAGUGCAGAUAUAGUGUGACUGAAAGUAGGGUAUGAUUGCAGUGACACAAAUUUGGGCCUUUUCAGCAAUUUCACAAAAAGUGACUAAAAGGCACGUCCACCAGUGCUCACGAUCCAUAUGCUUCCUUUAGGUAGUGAUUUAACCAAACAUCCAAUAACUGAACAAUACAGAGAAUUUAGGGUGGAAAAAGAAGAUAAAGUUUACACUUUGUAAGAAAGAACAGAACAUAUUUCCUGUUGCAUAAGAUCACUAAAUUAGAGCAUGCAUUAUUUGAUAGAUUUGUCAGAAAAUUAUAUUUCUGAGAAUCGUUUAAUUUUCCAAACACCAACUACCACUACAAAGAUUUCUACCCUCAUGGUUGUGAAGAAACUUAGAAAAAUAUACAUGCAGUGAUUGCACAAGACCGCAAGGCCUAUUAUGGCUACUCACCUCCACACUGCGGCUUGAAUUUAUCACUUUAAAAUUACUUUUAUAUUCUAUCUUAUUCCAGAGACUAGUUAAGUUACUAUGACUUCGAAAUGCCCACUUUGCACUGAUUGGGAGGAUAUUUCCCUUCAGCCAGUAUGUGCUAAUUCUGAGAUUCUAAAUGGAUUCUAAACUUUCAUGACGAAACUUGCCUUGGGUCCAAUUCUUUAUACAUGAGGAACUGAGCUCAGCCUUAGCAAUUCUCUCAAUCAAGCAAAUUCAUACUGCAUGUUGGAGGGGGGGAAAGGAAACCCUGCCAAUAAGACAAAAUACAACAGUCAAUGUACACAGAGGGUUUGGAGGAACAUUAUGGAAAACAGAUGCAGUAAUCCAUAGGCAACACUGAAAUGAACUCCAUUUCAGGGAAGCUGCCUUUGAAAAUUUCCAGUGCCAAUACUAAUUUGUGGAAGAGUGCAUAUUAGGAGUCCUUUAUAUCUCCCGUAUCAAAUGCUCAAGAGCACAGAAAUAGCUCCUGAAUAUUCUUGAUUUGUAUAUUAUACUAAUCGUCUGAGUAGACUAACCCUUCACUUAUCUCCUCUCAGGAGCUCUGAGUAGUCUGCUAUGGAUUGUUUCAUGUUAACUUUACAAUAAUCCUGUGCUGGCUGAGAGGAAAUGAGCAAGUUGUCUAAGGCACUUGUGGCUGAGUGAAGUCCACCACAUUUAAAAGUUUCAGUAAUAUAAGUUAGGCCAGUUAAGGAGGAACAUACUGAAAAUAAUUGCACAGCAUCAACUAGGCCCUAUGCUGAUCAAAAUUCAAGAGAGUACCAGUACAUUGGAUUUUGUCACAUAUAACUAUAAAAUUAUUUUUUAUCGCCAAAAGGGCACUGGGUUAAACAUGAUUUCAGCAUUUCCCCCCCAAACAAUAUAAAUCUGAAAUAUCUACAUUAACAGUAAAAGUCGAUGUCAUGGUGGGUAAUAGAAUACUGCACAAGAGGUAAAGGUUGCUCUAGCCAGGGACAAAAAUUAUGUAUGGUCUUAAAUGAAUUAUGAGGGUCCAAAACCCUUUCAAUAUGAAAGUUUGCUAAAAAGCUUCAAUCCUAAUAGUUUUCAAACAUAGAGUGGCAUCAGCUGCCACCUGAAAGGCAUUCCUGGUUCUCAGUCAGAUAUGAUGACCAAGCAGUACUUGGUGGUUAAAAGUGGAUUGGGCAAAAAUCAGGCAGCAGAGGGGUGAGGGGCACACAUCCUCGGACUGUUUGACUUAGGCUCUAGUACUCUGACAGUGCCAUUUUCCUCCACCCAUGACAUUACAGCUGACCAUUCAUCAUGAUUCAAUAUGUUACAUGUUUUGUAUUUCCUAGGGCAAGCCUGCUUGAAAAUACCAGCUACAGCACUAUCAGAAAAGCCAUCCCUCCUUCGGAAGGGCAAAUGCCAAACCCAUCUGUAAAUCUCUUUGUUGCCGUCUUUUCUUUCUAAGAACAAAAUAACAAAAGCAAGCUUUUUUUCUUCUUUUUUCUCAUCUGAAUGUUUUUUAAAAAAAUCCAAAAUCUUAAAAUAAUUUAGUUUUCAGGGAAGGGGAAUGGAGCCAAGGAACACUUUUGUCUCAACCUGGGCUUCUUUUCAUUCAAUAUUGUAGAUAUUAUUGAUAGAAACAAUUAUAAAUAUUUAAAAAAAAUACUCAAACAAAGAAAAGGUCACUUUGUCGCUGUAAAUUUGCCAGCCAUUUACAAGUGAGUUUUGUUCACAACUUGGGAAGGGAAAGGACGUUCACUCCAAGGGGGAAGAGGGGAGAAGAAUCCAUUCUUGUUGGGGACAUUUCUUUUCUAAACCAUAUUCUAAUGGGAAGAGGAUAAAGGGUUUUUUUUUAAAAAAAGAAUAAUAAAUAAGUUUAAAAAACA